AUUUUCCAGGUGUGUCUCUGACCGGAAUGUAUGAACACGACCGAUUCAACAACAACAACACAAGUGAACACAAGGAUUCAGAAAGUGGCGGAGACAGCGGCUAUCCCAGCGAGAGGAGGAGCGAAGGGGAUCCAAACGACCACAUAGACGGGGCCCAUCAUCGCUACCACAGAACUUUAUCUGAGUCGGAUGACGACAGUAUCAGAAGGAGGAAGAUGGUAGCUCCUCCACGAGUUUCUGCAAACUUAAAUUCACAAAGUCCCAUCAACGAAGGGCUGACAGAGGAGAAGUGGAGCUUCUUCCAUUCGUCUCGCGCUCACGUGCACAGACCUUCCUGCGUGGCCACCGAGGUGGAGCGCCUCAACGCUCUGCUGCAGAAGAAGAUCGGUCAGUCGAUCCUGGGAAAGGUCCACCUGGCCAUGGUCCGCUACCACGAGGCGGGUCGUUUCUGUGAGAAGGACGAGCAGUGGGAUCAGGACUCGGCCAUGUUCCACCUGGAGAGAGCCGCCCUGUGUGGAGAGCUGGAGGCCAUCGUGGCGUUGGGGAAGUGUUACCUGCAGCUGCCUCAUCACAUCCUGCCCGACAUGGAGGUGGAGGACAACGCAGGAAACCGGAUGAAAGGUUUUAAGUACCUCCUGCAGGCUGCUGAAGCUGGAGACAGAUCUUCAAUGAUCGUCGUCGCCCGAGCCUUCGAUACGGGAAUCAGUCUGUCAGCUGACAG